AGCUCCUGUAGCCAGCCACCUCCCCUACCCCUUAUAAAAGCAGGAGCCUUGGCUUUUUGCUAUUUCCUUGCUUGCUGGCUGUUCCUUCUGCUCUCUGGCUCCUGAUGUGUUUUGCAAGUGGUUUGUGCUUUUUGGUUGAAGAAAUCAUGGCGACCAGAACCCAGAAGUUCAAAGCGUUUGUGUCUGAGCCGAUGGGCGAUAAGGACGUUACAGCAGUGGAUGGCAUUAAUGACGAGCUUGGACUAAAAUUAGCUGCAAAGGGUUUUGACAAGGCAUACAUCCUUCUGGGCCAAUUCCUCCUGUUAAAAAAGGACCAUGCGGUUUUCCAAAGGUGGCUGAAAGGGGCGUAUGGAGCCAGUCCGAGCCAGGCUCAGCGGUGCGCCUCCUGUCUAACGGACUGGUGCUACGCUUUCCUCUAGGGAGCUCAGCCCUCCUCGCAUGUUCUGUGGCCUGCAAUAAAGUCUCUCCUGCCUUGAA